AUGGAAUUCAUUGAUCCUUUGGCCAAUAUAGAUGCUUACAAAUAUGCGUUUUGUAGUGCUAUUAAAGAGCAUUUACUCAUAGUCAAACAUCAAACGGAGCUAAGAGAUGUACUUAAUGAAGAAGGUGAAGAUAUGAAUGUGGAUAAUGUCAAACUGAGAUCUAAGAACUUCGAAACUAGAGAUUUACUUUUUUCUUUGGAAAUAGUGGUAGAUUCACUCAUUGACGAGAUAAUGGAUUAUCAUGUUAUGCAAGAUGUUGUUCAGAGGAAAAAUUGGGGAUUUCCAAGUAAAUCUUUAACUCAUCAUUUUCCUUUAAUCUUAUUAGGACCUAAACCUUCACAUUAUGAUUUACAGAAAAAGACUACCCUGGAAAUGAUACGAACCGCCGGUGCUAGAAGGGGUCCUGACAAGUUAAGUCAUGAGAAAUAUUCAAUUGAAAGAAAUGAAGAGUUGGGGAAAUUAUUUUAUUCUAUCUUAAGAAAUACUUUCGAAUAUCAAUUGAAGUUCAGUAACCCAGAUUUGACCGAUAAGUCCAAGGUAUUAACAUUAUCAGCAUUAGUGUCAGCAUUUUUAAAGAACGCUUCUUCAACAUACAGCUCAAUAAUAAAAGAACGUGAUUAUAUUAAUGGCAAAUUAGAGAGUGUGAUAGUUGAAUUGAAAAGAUAUAGUGAUAUAAAUUUUGAGGAUAUGCCAAUUGAAGCAUUAUUUGAAGGUUUUAAAUUCCAACUAAAGAACCAUUUGGAAUUGUUAUUAUCAGCUAAUGGUCCUAUAGAUGAAAACCUUUCUAUUGUUCUCAAAUUGAGAGAGCAAGGUAAUAAUUUAAUGUCUAAUUCUGCAUAUGCCCAAGCAAUCAAAGUUUAUACCGAAGCAACAAAUUACUGUGUAGCUGAAUCAUUAAAUAACUUACCUCAAAUAUUGAUUAACAGAGCCAUUGCUUUCAUAGGCUUAACAUGUUUCCCUGAAGCUAUUGAUGAUUUGAAUGAAGCUUUAACUUAUGAUAUAUCUUCAACUCCUGCUUGGGUUCAAUUGGGAUAUGCCCAAUUAUAUAUGGGCCAUAGUUUACUUGCAUUGAAAUGUUAUUGUAUGGCUAUUCAAUGUUGUUGUGGGAACAUCUUACCUACUAAUUUCCCUAAUGAUGAACAACUCAUUGAAGAAUACAAAAUUUCAAAGAUUAAAUCUACAUUGCCACAAUUCAUCGAACAAUUAUUAAGAGGUGUUCAAUUGACAGAAACAAGAGCUACACAACAAAGAUAUUCUGCUGCUGAAAUUAAUUUCAUCAUUGGAGAAAUUCAAAAUUGUUUGGAAAUUUUAAUGGCAGAAGUUGAUUCUUCAGAAUUAUAUUGUUUCCUGUACCCUCCACAUCAAUCACCUUCAACUUUCAGAACCUUAGCAUCGGAUGUUAAUCUGUCAAGACCAUCGAUCUUAAAUCAUGAAGUUAAUCAAGGAGUUAUUGCUGGUGUAGAUACUUCAACAAAUCCAAGAGUGGGUAGACCAACUCCUGUAACUGUUGAAACCAGAACUAAUCCUUUGAGAACUGAAACUUUCGCUGAAAGGAAUGAAAGACUCGGUAGGGAAAGAGCUGAAAGACUCGAUAGAGUUGAUAGAGAAAGAGCUGCUAGAUUAUUCCCUGGAUUAGGAAGAAUUGGUAGAGAAACCGCUAAUGCUGCUGCCACAGCUGCGUUUUCCAGUUCACCUCCCGGAGCCAAUUCAAAUAAUGACAGUUCAAGUAAUAGUCCACCAAAUCGUUUACCACCUUCAGCUAGGACUUUCAUCGAAGAAUUUAGAUCCAGAUCGAGAUCCAAUACUGAAAAUGGUAGUGGAAGCGACACUUCAAAUUCCGAAAGAGUAUCUCCUUCCAAUUCUUUACGGACAAAUAAUACUCCCGACAUGACACCAAGCAGUUCCAAUGGAACUCGAACUAAUGAUCAGCCCAGAAGAACAUUUGGAGGAUUCUCUCAAUUUUUCGAAAAUGAAGGGAGAAAUUCCAAUAGAUCCGACAAUUUAAGAUCAUUUAUAACCAAUGAAAGCUCAAAUCAUUUCUUAGACGUCAUAAGUGGUUUACCUGGAGUCACCAUUGCUGGAAGUACUAAUGAACUUAACAUUGAUAAUGGAGUUAUUGCCUCUAGUUUUAACACCACCACACCUUCCACCAAUGAUGAUUCUCCACAACCUCGUACUCAACAAAAUCAAGCAUCCAAUGAUGAUGAUGAGAUUAUGUCCCUGCAAGCUAAUGAUUUGGACUAA